UCUGUAAAGGCACACUGAACAGGAAAUGAGCCAGUCGAGAAGAAAGAAACAGUAGAUGUGAGCAGCAGGCUGGAGCUCCACAACUGUAUGUACAUUUCUACAUCUCAGGCUGUUUGGAACCUUGUUAGAGUCAGCUCCUCGACUUUCUUUCAGAAGGGAAAUCUGGAGAAAACACACAUCCGCAGCUCCAACAAUGUCAGCUCUGCCCCCGCGCUAACUGAGCUCCCACAGGAGGGCCGGUGAGAUGGCGUUCGUGGCGGUGGAGUUCGACUACGAGUACAAAGCAAAGGACGGCCGGCGUAUCUCCAUCAAACCCAACGAGAGGUACAUCCUCAUCUCCAAGACCAACGAUCACUGGUGGCAAGUCUGCAAAGACAAAGACUCCAAACCCUUUUACGUCCCUGCAGAGUACGUGAAAGAGGUCUCAGUUCCUUCUGGACAUUCUUCUGUUCCCAAGAAGCCAGAAUCAUCAAAGAGUCUGGCUAGAAGUAAACCAGUGGAUGGGGCAAAGAACAACUUAGCGGACAUGACCAAGAAAACAUCCCCUGAUACAAAAACAGUGACUCGUCUUCGGAGUGAAUCAAAAGAAACAAUCCGCUUCUCUACGUUUGGUUUGUGGGUGAACUUGCAAAGUGAAGAUGCUCCAGCAGCACGCAAUCGUGCACACAGUUUGAAUGACAUACAGAAAGAGAUGUCCCCAAACUCAUCACGCAGGGCAUCAGCUGCUCCACAAACAGACAUAUCUGAGGACAUAGAACUAUACGCAAAACCUCGGCCUGCAGAAAAAAAAUCGAAGCAGGCAAAAAUCUCAAAGGGAGACAAAUCCAAAGAGGAGCCACAGGGUUGUGUGGAGGAUAAACAUGUGGAUUUACCCCAACCCAUCAUGGAUGAUAUGGAUUUCCCUUUGCCUCCCCCAGACUUCUAUGACACACCUCCUGAAAUAAGCAUAACUGAUUGUGACUCCUUUCCUGAGCCUCCUGAUCCUGCUGGAUCCCCACCAAAAGAAUCAGCCCCGCUGCUUCAAAGUUCAGCUCUGACAGCAGACAAAGAGCAGGUGGAGGAUAAAAAUCUCCGGACAGCAGUGUACGUCAACGUAGCACAGCUUCGCCAAAGCAUCUCCGAAUCUCCCCCAUCGGAUCCCUCCCCCUGCUCGCCUUCCUCCCUAACACAGGAGGGAUGGGAGGUUCAUGUUGACGAAGAAAGUGGACAGAAAUAUUACUUCCACCCCGACACGGGGCGCACCACCUGGGACAAACCCUUUUUAGACUCCCCCACGGACCCUGAGCGGCUCCCUCCAGAGGUACCUUGCUCUCCGUCCCCCCCUCCAUCUGACUGGGGCUCAGACUGGGAGCAGCUGGUGGAUGAAACCACUGGUCGGCCUUACUUCUAUAACCACAUGUCCGGGGAGACGUCCUGGGACCCUCCUGAGCAGCAGAGCCCUUACCCCCCUCCAAUGGAGCCUAUGAGCAUGCACAGGUUUCCCGAUGACGGACCGCCUCCUUUACCUGCGGAGGACUAUCCCUCAGAAGAUUACCCUGGUGCAGAAACAGCAGAGGCAUACGAGGAUCUCAACAAUACCGGACCUCCCACCCUCCCCAAGGAGUACAGUCUCAGUCAUGUGAGUCGGACCAAUAUUCCCCGGGCCAACCUGGAUCGCAGUACCCCGCCUGGAUGGAACCUGACUGUGGAACCCAAUGGGACCUGGGUUUUCACCAGUGAAAACUCUCCAGAUCAGUGGAUAAAGUCUGUAGAUGAUCAGGGGCAGACCUACUACUACCUGAGGGAUGGCUCCAAGUCUGAGUGGAAUCUACCUGAGGCCCCAGGAGCUCCAACACACUCCAAUGUGCAGAAUGGUGAUGAGAACGAAAAUGUCCACAUCAUCAAAAACUGGAGAGAAUCGAGGGCACCUGCUCAAUUCUCCACUAACCAGGAAGAUGGGAGGUUUGUGCAGACUCAUCUGAGGAACACAUCAGACCACAGCAGCGAUAGCUCCAGUACAGGAAACUCUCCAGAGCAUUACGUACAGAACUUGGAAAAAGCUGGAAUUCUUAAUAAAACAAAAGUUUGUGAGAAUGGAAAGAAAGUUAGGAAAAAUUGGGCUCCAACAUGGACUGUUCUUCACGGAGGAGUCCUGACAUUUCACAAAGACCCCAAACCCUCACCAGGCGCUGUGAACAGGACCAAUCAGAUUGUUCCAGAGUUCACGGUGGAUCUGAAGGGCGCUACGAUUGGCUGGGCCACCAAGGACAAAUCCAGUAAAAAGAAUGUUUUAGAGCUCAAAGGGAAGAACGGUGUGGAGUUUCUCAUCCAGUACGACAUAGAAAGCAUUAUCUUCGACUGGCACAAAGUUUUAACGGACACCAUUCGACAGCUCGACUACCAGGACCACCCGUCUGAGGAAGAGGAUGGAGACCUAUAUGAGAAAAUCGUAGAACGAGACAUCAAGCCUGCAGUUGGAGCAGACAAAGUAAAACCCCAGAGGCCAAGCGUAUCGCAGUCCCCCAGCGCUGCGGGGGAAACGGAUCCAAAGAAGGUUCGGACCAAGCUCAUGAAGUUCCUCAUGAAGCGGCCAACGCUGCAGUCGGUCAAAGAAAAGGGUUAUUUCCGAGAAAAUGUGUUUGGUUGUCAUCUGGCCACGCUGUGUGCUCAGGAGAGAGCCACCAUUCCUAGUUUUGUGGAAAAAUGCGUUAAAGCAGUAGAAAGGAGAGGUUUAGACAUUGAUGGGCUGUACAGAGUCAGUGGGAACCUUGCUGUCAUACAGAAGCUUCGCUUCAAGGCGGAUCAUGAGGAACUGGACCUUGAGGAUGGUCAGUGGGAGGAUGUUCAUGUCAUUACCGGAGCACUGAAAUUAUUUUUCCGAGAGCUUCCUGAGCCUCUAUUCCCCUAUAGCCACUUUAACAGCUUCAUUGCAGCCAUAAGAAUUGCAGAUUACAGCACAAAACUGUCUCACAUUUUUGAGCUGGUUAGAUCACUUCCUCCUGCAAACCAUGAUACUAUGAAGCUGCUUUUUGGGCAUUUACAAAGGGUAAUUCAAUACGGUGAGAGCAACCGGAUGACUGUGCAGAACGUCGCCAUCGUGUUCGGCCCAACGCUGCUUCGGCCGGAGACGGAGACAGCGAACAUCACCAUGCAUAUGGUCUUCCAGAACCAGAUUGUGGAGUUCAUCCUGAAUGAAUACAACCGUCUGUUUAGCUGAAGCUGAACAGUCAUGCACAUCUGGA